GACACGCACGCACCGAGAACCCCAAAGCAGUUGGAAUUGGAAUCCCAGGUGGAUCCAAUUCUGCCAAUUGCAAAGCUCCUGGCGUCAUCUCCCAAUUACUUCGUUCUCCUCCCCACGCCGGCCGGACUGCCGGAGGAGGAGCCCUUUUUGCGCUUUAGCACCAGGUCCAAAUUCCCCCAUAUCUUGGCUGCCCUCCGAGCACAAGUGUUUUCCAUGCAUGAUGCGUCGCAGGAGGAGCGGGUUUCCCCUAUAAAACCCCGCGUAACCCCCCGCUCGGAUGGCACGGACGCACCGCGCACUCGGUGGUGGAAUUCCUCGCCCGCGCCGCUUCCUCCGCCGGCCUCCGCUGCUAGUGCUAGGUGCUAGCUGAGUAUUCCAUUUCAGGUCUGUUUCUGAAGGGAGAUUUCGUCGAACAGGAUGAAUGCAUUGGCAGCAACCAGCAGGAACUUCAAGCAGGCAGCUAAGCUGCUGGGCCUCGACUCCAAGCUGGAGAAGAGCUUGCUCAUUCCAUUCAGGGAGAUCAAGGUUGAAUGCACAAUCCCAAAAGAUGAUGGGACUUUGGCAUCCUAUGUUGGAUUUAGGGUUCAACAUGACAACGCUAGGGGACCUAUGAAGGGUGGAAUCAGAUACCACCAUGAGGUUGACCCUGAUGAAGUCAAUGCCUUGGCACAACUGAUGACAUGGAAAACAGCAGUGGCUAACAUACCAUAUGGAGGAGCUAAAGGUGGAAUAGGAUGUAGCCCUGGAGACCUGAGCAUCUCCGAGCUUGAGAGGCUUACCCGAGUUUUUACUCAGAAAAUCCAUGACUUAAUUGGCAUCCAUACCGACGUUCCAGCUCCAGAUAUGGGCACCAACUCACAGACAAUGGCAUGGAUACUUGAUGAAUACUCAAAGUUCCAUGGUUACUCACCUGCUGUUGUGACAGGAAAGCCUGUUGACCUUGGAGGAUCAUUGGGAAGAGAUGCAGCUACUGGAAGGGGGGUUCUGUUUGCUACUGAAGCUUUGCUUGCAGAGCAUGGCAAAGGCAUUUCAGGCCAGCGUUUCGUCAUACAGGGAUUCGGUAACGUUGGUUCCUGGGCAGCUCAGCUGAUCAAUGAAGCCGGUGGCAAGGUGAUUGCUAUCAGUGAUGUCACAGGCGCUGUCAAAAACGUCAAUGGCCUUGACAUUGCCCAGCUAGUGAAGCACUCGGCGGAGAACAGAGGGAUCAAGGGCUUCAACGGGGGAGAUGCCAUCGAUCCAAACUCAUUGCUCACUGAAGAGUGCGACGUCCUCAUCCCAGCAGCGCUUGGGGGAGUCAUAAAUAAGGAUAAUGCUAACGACAUAAAAGCAAAGUACAUCAUCGAGGCUGCCAAUCACCCCUCAGACCCAGAGGCAGACGAGAUCCUGUCAAAGAAAGGCGUCAUCAUCCUCCCCGACAUCCUCGCCAACUCUGGCGGUGUCACAGUGAGCUACUUCGAGUGGGUUCAGAACAUCCAGGGGUUCAUGUGGGACGAGGAGAAGGUGAACGCGGAGCUCCGGACGUACAUGACGCGCGCCUUCGGGGACGUGAAGGAGAUGUGCCGGAGCCACAACUGCGACCUCCGCAUGGGCGCCUUCACGCUGGGCGUCAACCGCGUCGCGCGCGCCACCGUCCUCAGGGGAUGGGAAGCCUGAUGAUGAUACCGUCUCGUGUCCGUGCCCCACUGCGUUUGCUGCGCGUCGUGUCCUCUUGAGCCUUGUUUUUCUUUGGUUAUUAUAUGUCGAUCGAUCGAUCAACGGAGGUCCGGGAAAAACAAGUUCGGUUAAUAAUUCCAGGAAGUGCGUCUUCUUGGAGACCAAUAGCGGAAGAAGGGUAAUAAGUCUGUAGCCCAUAGCUGCCUGAGAUGAUGCUUGUUGGUGGUCUGCAAGCAGCAAUGCCAAUGCCAUUUGGUUUUCUUGCACGACUUUGGGUCAUCCAGCCACGUUAUGGAAUAUGGUAUAUGCAAAUCCAUUUGUUA